GUCGCCGCCGCCGCCGCCGCCGAAGCGAAGCACUCGCCGCGAGACGCGUCCGCCAUUUGUGCUGGUUGGUGAGACUGUGGGAGUAGAGUGGGGAGAGAGUGCUGCGAUGGCGAGUGGGGAGGUUGCCUCUGAGGUCCCGGUGACUGAGGCGGAGGCCGCGGAGGCUGUCGCGGAGACGACGGCGGCGGAGAAGAAGGCCGCUCCGAAGCCGAAGAAGGCGGGCCGGCCCGCCAAGGAGAAGCCGGCCAAGGAGAAGAAGGUGAAGGAGGCCACGGCCAAGAAGCCCCGCGUCGCCGCCGCCCACCCGCCGUACGCCGAGAUGAUCACGGAGGCGAUCGUGGCGCUGAAGGAGAGGACCGGGUCGAGCGCCCACGCCAUCGGCAAGCACAUCCAGGCGAACCACGGCGCCAACCUGCCGUCCAACUUCCGCAAGCUCCUCUCCGGGCAGCUCAAAAAGCUCGCCGCCGCCGGCAAGCUGGCCAAGAUCAAGCACUCCUUCAAACUCCCCUCCGCCCGUCCUGCCGCUCCGGCCGCCGCUGAAGCCAAGCCCAAGGCUGCUGCCGCCGCCGCCGCGAAGCCCAAGCCCAAGGCGGCGGCGAAGCCGAAGGCUUCCGCUGCUGGUGCUACCAAGGCCGUGAAGCCGGCCACCAAGGCCAAGGUCGCCGCUGCGCCGGCGCCGAAGCCCAAGGCAUCUCCCAAGGCGAAGGCCAAGACCGCCUCCUCGCCGGUCAAGCCCCGCCCCGCCAAGUCCGCCAAGACCUCCGCCAAGGACACCCCUUCCAAGAAGGCUGCACCGGCGGCGGCGGCCAAGAAGACGGCUCCCGCGGCGACGGCGGCCAAGAAGAAGGCUCCGGCGGCCGCACCCAAGAAGGAGGCCGCCGCGCCGGCUCGCAAGGGCGCGGCGAGGAAGACCAAGAAGUAGAGCCCGCCGCCGACGACGCCGCUCUACGUAGGCCAGCCUCACCUUUUGAUCUCCGCCGGCGACAGCGCCAUUAGCACCAGCAGUAGCAGAAAACGUGUUCUGUAAAUGCUCGUUCGUCUUAGCAGCUCAGCUCCUCCACCAUUUCGUAUCACCCCCCGCCUGUAAUCAUAGGGUUCCAUCCUUAAUACCAUAAUACAAACACCUAGUAUUUCAUCUCAAUCUCGUAUGCUACACACAUCUUUUGGUCGAUGGAUUUUGAAUCGUUCUUGAAUUCUGAUGCUAUCCUCUGAUUGAUUUGGAUUGGGAAUCCGACGCUGUUACAGAUUAUUAAUCGAGAUGU